AAGCGCAUAUCCGACUUCCACCAUGAUGGAGCGACUGUAGGAUUCUUAGGAAUGAUUGUUUUUGAAAAUGAAUUAACGAGCAAUUAAAGCAGUGAAUUUACCAGUAAUGGAGGGUGAGGAUAAGUUAUCAUUAUCGUUCCUUGAUGUCGACGGUUUGAAUGACGACGAAAAGGAUGAAUUGUCAGGUAUUUUACGCGGGAAAGGUGCUAUGGAAAUGACUAGUAUUCCGGUUACAUCGUCUGAACAGCAUAAUGAACUUUUUGAAGAAAAAAUCGACAAUUCUUUAGUAGAAGACGAAUAUAAAGGACAUGGCGAGAGAGCGCACCUGGACCGAGAUUGCGAUUCCGGAAUGAAUGUGGACGAUUCCUUAGUUAGCGGACAUGCAUUUCCAGAUCUUCAAGAACCGUUUCCAGCUCCUUAUUUUCCUAAUAAUAUGCCACCAUAUAUUCCUUGUUAUCCAGUCAGUGACGGACAGUCACCAGACUCAUGGCACCAGCCUGUGUUUAUGCCGUAUUAUGGCGUCGGAACCUUUCUUCAUCACUCGCAACCUCCAUUGUUAGUACCGCAGCAUUAUCCUCACCCUUACCACUUGCCUUUGCCUGCGGGACUACCACUGGGUUUUGAUCCCCACCGACCUCCACCCAAUUUCAUAGACCCGCAGCAACAGGGUCACACUUUUCAGCAACAGCAUGUGAAACGUCAGCACCAUGCUCAAAGCUGCGACUCUGCCUCGUAUAAAUCAUCCACGGAUAGCACUGGAACGCCCCCAAUGCAGUAUUAUUACGAAGAUAAUAACACAGAUCCGAUGAGCAUUAAAGAAUUCAGAAAAAAGAGUAACGAUAAAAAAAGCAAAAUUGUAACCGUCUUAAACAAUGCGGUAAAUGCAGACCAACCUGCAACUUUAAAUGCAAGUGACGAAAGCACAAUCGAGGCAAACGUUUCUGCUGAUAAAAACUGUUCUAGCCCAGUCAAUGCUGCAGAAGAGAACUGUAAAGUUCAAGAGAUAAAUGAAGUAAUAAUCCCUGCAAAAGAAAAUGGUGAAACUGAAAAUUUGAUUCAAAAAUCUGAUCCCUGUGAUGCAUGUAAUCAUCAAACUAUGUCUGAAAAAAACAGUUCCAACGAAACUGAAAUGGAAUUGAAAUUUGGAGAUUUAGAACCUGAAUUGCGUUUGUUGGUUAAAACAAACAAUAAUAAUAAUGCGAAAGAGGGUGCUAGCCCAAAAUCAACCUUGAUCACAAAUGUUGAUGCAGCUUCAAUUUCCAACUGUGUUAAUGAAGAGGCAGAGAUUGAAAACAAUAUUAGCCAAGAAUUGACUUCCACCAAGCCAUCAUCGCCGGAUCAUCCUGCUGUUAAAGCAGAAAGCGUAGCGGAUGAAGAUGCUCGUUUGCGUCCUGUUAAAGACACAGACUUUCCGUGUAUUCCAGGAACCAAGCCAGCAGUAAAGGAGUCAACAUCGAAAAGCUGGGCAGGUUUAUUUAAAAGGAAUCGUGGUCUCCAAAAACCCAACAACAUCGACGGAACCGACCGCCCAAAGGAAAACUCAUUCGAAAAGGAUGACUUUAGUCCUGAGCAACGAGAACGUCUUGUUCAAGUAGCCGAUACCCUAUUGGCUUACAAACACUCUUAUCAACCGUACCCACUUCGCAUGCGUGGUUUGUGCAACAAAAGCAACUGGUGUUAUGUCAAUGCAACACUACAGGCGCUCCUCUCAUGUUCAGCGUUUGUUCGUUUGCUCAAAAAUAUACCGUCCAGUGGUCCAACAGGGUCUGUCUCACCUACACCUAUUGCGGACUCUCUUAUCGACUUUUUGGGUUACUUUGAGAGCUUUUCGUCACCCGCAGUACUAGUAGAAAAUAAAAUAAAACUUAAGAAUCCAAGAGCAACUCCGCAAGAUUUGAAUUUAGGCGUGAAGUUUGAACCCGAGUCCAUUUAUGAGAUGUUAAGAGACUGUGAGAGCCAGCAGAUUUUUAAGGAUGGAAGACAAGAAGAUGCUGAGGAAUUCUUAAGCUUUGUCCUAAAUAAAUUACAUGAUGAAUUUCUAGCGGCUAUGAAAUUAAGAAAGAAACCAGUUGAAAAUGGGCUGGCCAAAGAGGUAACUGAAACUGAGGACGCUACCGAUAAUAAUAAUUGGGAACAAGUGAUGCCGAAGAAUAAGAGUAUAAUAACUCGUCAUGCAACAGUUGAACAAAGUCCAAUAAUGGACUUAUUCGGAGGUGUUAUUCGAUCAGCUGUUCGUAAAAGUGGCGAAAAAGAUUCAGCUACUUUACAACCAUUUUUUACUCUACAACUUGAUAUACAACCGGAAAAUGUAAACAGUGUACGCGAUGCUUUGGAGCAUCUGGCUUCUAAGGAAGUCUUAACUGAUGUGACUAGUGGGAAAACAAAUCAACAAGUUGAAGCUACACGUCGGACUACGCUUGAACAUUUGCCUCCUAUUCUUAUACUUCAUCUAAAAGCUUUUGUUUAUCAAAAGAACGGGGGAAGCGUAAAAGUUUGCAAAAAUGUGGAUUUUGAUUGCACAUUAGAGAUCAGUAAAGAACUUUUAUCAUCAACUGUCCGUCAGAAGUACCAAUCAGCAAAUUCUCGACGCUAUAAUUUGUUCGCCGUUAUCGGGCACCACGGAGAACAAACUCAGGGUGGACAUUACUCGGCCGAUGUCUAUCAUAAAGGAUUAAAUUGCUGGCUAAAAGCCGACGACGAAGUAAUUCGUAGCCAGCCGAAAGGUAACGUUUUCAAACAGCACCAGGGUUCACGGAUACCAUACAUUUUGUACUAUGAGAGAAUCGACGCUUUUUCCUAG